AUACGAAAAAAAAAAAGUCUGAGUGAGGUUUUUAAGAUGGCUGUCUUUUUGGUAGAAUAAAAAUAAUUUUUUUAAGUUAAAAUAAAGAAAUUAGGUGGUUUAAUGAGAUAUGGAUUCGAAGAAUCAAAAGAUAAAGAGACCGAAGAGACAACAGAAAGUAAUUGAAGACUACUGGGACUGCUCAGUUUGUACAUUUAGGAAUACAGCAGAAGCCUUUAAGUGCUCAAUGUGUGAUGUUAGAAAAGGUACAUCGACACGUAAGCCACGUUUAAAUUCAGCACUCGUUGCUCAACAAGCUGCCACACAAAUUCAAUUCCCCGGAUCUAGUAAUUCACACCCCUCAAAAUCUUCCAGUAAAUUAUCACGAAGUAAAAAUAAACGUUCGAAGUAUGUACGAUUGAAAAAUAUAGACAGAACGACAGGACAGACACGUGAGGUCACUGUGAAUAGUGUGACUGUUGUCAUAACAGAAUAUAAAGCAAAGAUAGUGAAUAAUCGUGAAUCGAGGCAUGAUUCGAGUGAUUUUAGUGAAAGUAAUGAUUCAAGAAGUUAAAUUAAAUGAAUUUUUUUUGAAAAGAAUCGAUUUUUGUGAUUCUUUUCAAAGACAUUUUACUGACGAGGAAGGAAUCCUCAGCCAGCUGUAUAGUGUGUAAAAAGAAAAAAAUGGGAAAGAAUGUCUUAAGAGUCAAUCUUAAGCAAUGAAAAACAUAAUCCCUCAUCCAUCCAAUCA